CUGUGCUAUCUUGUCUUGAGCGACAAUGGCACCCCAUCAGCCUUUGCUUGAUGAGGACAAACCAUGUUGCGGGCCAGGAAGCCUCACAGUUCCUGUGGAAGCUAUUUGGAUGGUUUGCAUCACCGUCUUCAUUGAUUCAUUGGGUGGAUCAAUCUCGGCUCCAGUGAUGCCGUUCUACGCAGAAGAGUUCCAAGCAUCCAGCAGCGAAAUAGGCCUGCUCUUCAGUGCCUACUCUUUGGCACAAGUCAUUGCUUUGCCAAUGCUGGGACGUUUAGCAGACCAUGUUGGCCGUCGGCCUGUGCUAGUGCUCUCCCUCUUUGGUGCCGCUGCUGGUGCCUUCCUACAAGGA